UUUUCACAAAAAAAAAAUUAAAAAAAAUAUUUUAGAAUUAGCAUUUAUAAAUGUCGCAAUUUAAAAAUGGAAUUUGUGGUUGCUGCUCAGAUAUCAGUACUUGUUGCAUAACAUAUUUUUUGCCCUGCGUCACGGCUGGUAAAAAUGCUGAACACGUCAACAAGAACUGCUGUCUGUAUGGAUUUUUAGGUAUAACAUGUGUUGGACCAAUAACUAGAGCCAUAAUUCGUUCAAAAGUUCGUGAAAAAUAUAAUAUAGAGGGAUCUUGUUGUGGGGACUUCAUUUGUCAUUUGUUUUGCCCUCUCUGUGCUCUUGUUCAGGAAUCACGAGAAGCUCAGGCUAAUGGUGCUCCUGGUCCAUUAUCUAUGGCUAGGGAGUAAUAACUAGUUGCAAACGCAUUGUUGCAAAGAAAGUCAAAUCAAAUUUUUGUGUCAAAUAAAAUAUAAUGUACUUUUACUUUUUAAUUAUUUAUUUUGGUUUAUUUAAUUAUCAUUAUGUCUAAAUGAUUCACAAACUUAACUAUUACAAAAGUUAAACUAA